UUGCUUGUGGAUUUGCUUCCUAUAAAACAGUUUCAUGCGACGGACAGGCAAAAAAAAAAAAUAUUGAAUGUCAGCCAAGAUUCGUGCAUAUGAAUUAAAUUUUGCCGUUUGUUGGGCCGCUGCUAGUGUAUUUGAUAAUUUUACAUAAAAACAGUUUUGAAUAUGACUGACGACCUUCAAAAUUACAAAUUGCAGCUUCAGCAGGUGGAAGCUGCUUUACUCACAGACCCUGCUAAUGAAGAACUUUUAAAGUUGAAGAAAGACUUGGAAGAAGUUAUUGAACUUUCCCGAGAUCUUGUAAAAACGCAACUGGAGGAGCAAAGUAAAUUUGCGUAUGUGGAACCAACUACUUCGAAAUCUUUAACUUCUUAUGAUGAGAUAGAAUCUGUUUUGUUACAAACAGAAAAAUUAGUGUCUCCUAGUAGAAUAUGGAAAAUUGGGGACACAUGUCAAGCCAAGUGGACAGAAGAUGGACAAUAUUAUGACGCUACUAUUGAAGGCAUUUCCGAUGAUGGAGAAGUAAGCGUAAUUUUUGAAGCAUACCAAAAUCGUUCAACUACCCAUUUAAGGGAACUUCGUGAACGUACAACCCGUACUGAAGUAUUUCCCACUAACAAACGACAUAGACCAAAUCAAAAAGAGUAUUUAAAAAAACGAAAGCAAAAAAAACAACAAAGAUUUAAAGAAUUAGAGGAAGAACGUGAAUUGGACAAAAACAAAUGGUUGAAUUUUACUUCAAAGCAUUCCAAACGGCAAGGAAUAUCAAUGAAAAGCAUAUUUGCCUCUCCAGAAAAUGUGGAGGGUCGUGUGGGAAUUGGAACUUGUGGAGUUGCGGGUAAAGGUAUGACAGAUUACACUGUUGGCGAAAAGCAUCGAAAGGGUCUGUAACUUUAAGACUAGGGAAAACUAAAUGUUUAAUAUAAAUGUAUCUUUCAUAUAAUAAACUUUUGAUGAAGAGAGAUAA